CACGGCCCAGAGGCGAAUCUCCUCAGCGACUUGAUCAAGAACGCGAAGACGAGGGCUCAGGCAAUAUGGAAGAAACAGGAGCCGGCGAAGAGCAUCGCGAGUUCAAGACCUUCCGUGUCAAGGAGCUCCACCCAACUUUCGGUGCCGAAAUCGAAGGUGUAAAUUUUCCGAGUCCGUCCGAGGAACAGUUCCAGGAAAUCUUGGCUGCAAUGGCGAAGUAUGGCGUGUGCGUAUUUCGAAAAACAGGCAUGGAUGACACAGCGCACGUAGAAUUUUCGCGACGGAUGGGAGAGCUUGAUGAUAUUCGGCCAUACAUUACAGCUGGGCGCAAGAUGCGGUACAAGUACUAUGAACUGUUCGAUGCCGGGAAUGUGGACGAGGAUGGCAACGUAAUCGAUCCAAACUCUCCGAAAGCGCAGUAUCAGAGGGGCAAUACUCUUUUCCAUGUCGAUAGCUCUUUCAACCCUAGACGUGCAUCUUUCUCGCUCCUACGCGCAUACGAGCUCCCACCACCAGGGCACGGCGGCAACACCGAUUUCGCCGACUCUCGCACAGCUUUCGACGAACUUCCCGAGCCGUUGAAGUCUGAGCUGCUCGAAAAAGAUUACGUAGCUGCGCACUGCAUGGCGCACUCGCGCAAAGUUGCUGCCCCCGAGUUCUUCAAAGAUUUGGACGUUACCACGCAACCGAUGCAUUUACACAGGAUAGCGCAAAAGCAUGAGCCAUCCGGUCGAAUGAACUUGUACAUUGCUGCACACGCGCACCAUGUCGAAGGAUUGGACGCAGCGCGAUCGGACGCGUUAUUGAAGCAGCUGCUCGACCACACCACACAAGAAAAAUAUCGGACUAGUAUCCCGUGGGAGAAUCAGACUGAUAUGAUCAUCUGGGAUAACACCUGCGUGCUGCACAGAGCCGGCAGUGGUACCUUCGCGGGCAAGUUCAAGCGAGACCUGCGGCGGACAACUGUGCACGACGCAAGCAGUACAGCCUGGGGCUUGAACGAUCCGAAUAUAUCAAGAAGGCCAGGCUUCAGCUUAGGCGUAAGUAAUCAGGGACCGCAACCAGUUGCGACCUAG